GUGGAAAAGAGUGCAUCAUAGGCUAUUAUGACUCAACUAACAGUACUAACUUGCAGGAAUGUGACACUGAGUUUUGCUGUAAUGUGACAUGGAAAGGUAAUCAACCAAUGGAUGGAUUGUGUCCUAAUGGCACAUGCACUUGUAGGCAGCCUUUUGAUAGCAGCUUAAUAGGAUCUUACAUUUCUAUAGCAGUACUCUUAAGUAUAGGAGUUGUGAUCAGUAUACUCCUACAAAUUUUUAAUUAUCAAUUGAAAGAUAACAAAUAUUUUAAAGGGUCAUCACCCAUUCUAAAUGCUGUCAUUACAUUUGGCUGUACAAUGGGAUAUGCUAAUGGUUACUUGUUUCUUGUUAAUUAUUACAUAGGCCUGACUGGUAAUGGAAAACUAAGGCCAAUAUGCAAUGUGACAGUGUCAUCAUUCUGGCUCUCACAGUUACUGAUCAACUCUACCAUAUUAAUGAAAAACUGGAGAAUUUUCCAAAUAUUUCACAACCCAUCACAGAAAAAUAGAAAUAAUCUAUCAAAUGGUAAACUAUUUUUUGGACUAAGUGUCAUCACUGCUCCAGCCAUUGUAGCUUUGAUAGCAAUUCAACUAAUAAAACCUUUAGAAGAGAACAAAGUUGUUUUUAAAAACUACCAUUGUCCUGGCUUUCCUGAUAACAUAGAAACAUCACGCAUAGAAUAUCAUUGCAUUCUAUCACUAAAAUUAGGAUGGCAAACAGUGAUUCCAUUUUACUUCAUCUUACUCUUAGUCAUAAUCAUUUUCGUUGGAUCUUUCAACUGUCUUAUAACAUGGCAUUUUAAGAAAGAGGGAGAACUGGCUAUUCUCGCAGGGACCAUCCCUUUAUUGCUAUUUAUUGUUUAUUUUGCUAUUGCUUAUGUGAUGUCUAAUGGCUACACUGAACCUUUUUCAAUUAGAGACCAGAUACCUUAUACUGUGGCAUUCAUAUUGGCUUAUAAUUCAUUCAUUUUGGCUGUCUUGUAUGGAUCUAAGACCAUCCUGCUAUGUAGAGACAGAAAAGUAAAACCAGUGAAUAGAAAAUCCACCAUAAGAAAGAAGUUUAAUGACUUACAUGAUGAAAUCUUUAUGCUGAAACGACAACUGCAAAAGAUGGAUGCUAGCCGCCCCAUUAAACAGUUGAAUUCUUCAAGUAAUUUAAUUCCGACUGUCACUUUUGAAACUUAAAAAAUACUAUUUUUUACUGUUUUGUUGCUCAUAGUAAU